GCAACGACAACAACUCCUGCAGCAACAACAACAACUGCUGAAGCAACUACAACAACAGCGGGAGCAACAACAACAACUCCUGCAGCAACAACAACAACUGCUGGGGUAACUACAACAAGUCCUGUAGCCACUACAACGACUGCUGAAGCAAGUACCACAACAGCGGGAGCAACAACAACAACAGCUGCAGCAACGACAACAACUCCUGCAGCAACUGCAACAACUGCUGGAGCAACAACAACGACUCCUGAAGCAACUACAACAACAGCUGGAGCAACAACAACAACUCCUGCAGCAACAACAACAACUGCUGGGGUAACUACAACAAGUCCUGCAGCCACUACAACGACUGCUGAAGCAAGUACCACAACUGCUGGAGCAACAACAACAACGGCUGGAGCAACAACAACAGCUCCUGGGGCAACUACAACAAGUCCUGCAGCAACUACCACUACUCCCGCUGCAACAACAACAACUCCUGCAGCAACUACAACAACUGCUGGAGCAACAACAACAACUCCUGAAGCAACUACAACAACUGCUCCCGCAGCAACAACAACAACUCCUGAAGCAACUACAACAACUGCUGGAGCAACAACAACAACUCCUGAAGCAACUACAACAACAGCGGGAGCAACAACUACAACUCCUGCAGCAACAACAGCAACUGCUGGGGUAACUACAACAAGUCCUGCAGCAACUACAACGACUGCUGAAGCAAGUACCACAACUGCUGGAGCAACAACAACAACGGCUGGAGCAACAACAACAACUCCUGGGGCAACUACAACAAGUCCUGCAGCAACUACCACUACUCCCGCAGCAACAACAACAACUCCUGCAGCAACUACAACAACUGCUGGAGCAACAACAACUCCUGAAGCAACUACAACAACAGCGGGAGCAACAACAACAACUCCUGCAGCAACAACAACAACUGCUGGGGUAACUACAACAAGUCCUGCAGCAACUACAACGACUGCUGAAGCAAGUACCACAACAGCUGCAGCAACUACAACAACUCCUGCAGCAACUACAACAACUGCUGGAGCAACAACAACGACUCCUGAAGCAACUACAACAACAGCUGCAGCAACGACAACAACUCCUGCAGCAACUACAACAACUGCUGGAGCAACAACAACAACUCCUGAAGCAACUACAACAACAGCGGGAGCAACAACAACAACUCCUGCAGCAACAACAACAACUGCUGGGGUAACUACAACAAGUCCUGCAGCCACUACAACGACUGCUGAAGCAAGUACCACAACAGCGGGAGCAACAACAACAACGGCUGGAGCAACAACAACAACUCCUGGGGCAACUACAACAAGUCCUGCAGCAACUACCACCACUCCCGCAGAAACGACAACAACUCCUGCAGCAACAACAACGACAGCUGGAGCAACUACAACAACUCCUGCAGCAACUACAACAGCUGCUGCAACAACAACAGCUGGAGAAACGACAACGACUCCUGCAGCAACUACAACUACUGCUGAAGCAAAUACCACAACAGCUGCAGCAACGACAACAACUCCUGCAGCAACUACAACAACUGCUGGAGCAACAACAACGACUCCUGAAGCAACUACAACAGCGGGAGCAACAACAACAACUCCUGCAGCAACAACAACAACUGCUGGAGCAGUAACUACAACAACGUCCUGCAGCCACACAACGACUGCUGGAAGCAAUACCACAACUGCUGGAGCAACAACAACAACGCUGGCAGCAACAACAACACACGACUCCUGGAGCAACUACAACACGUCCUGCAGCAAUACCACAACUAUGCACACCUGCUAA